AUGGUUGUGGAUAUGGUUUCGUUGCGGACCAGAGAGCUACACGUUCGAGGAUCCGAUCUUGAUCGUUGUUCCACGUUGAAGAUCGAAAAUUCCUCCAUGGUUCUUGAUUGGGUUACUGGUAACGAGACUUGUGAGGAAGCUGAAAAAAGUAGGGGUGCUUAUGCCUGCAAAGGGAUGAACAGCGAGUGUGUUGGAUCUGGACCGGAUGGUGGUCCAAGUUAUCGUUGCAGUUGCAAACAUGGUUAUGAAGGGAACCCUUAUCUCAAAUCAGGAUGCCAAGACAUCGAUGAGUGUAUAGCUCCGCACAACCCUUGUGAAGGCAAAGGGACUUGCAUUAACUUAGCUGGUGGAUAUCAUUGCAAGGUUUCAAAGUUUCCAACAUUGCAGCUUGUUCUCGGUAAACCUCCUAAGCAAUUUGACAAAUAA